AUGAGUGAAGAAGGGGCCAGUGACCGGCCCACGCUCAUUCGGCCGCCGCCUGACGACCCAGACAAGGCGCCCAUCGAGAAUGCACUAGACGUGUUGGAUCUCAGCGUCAUCGGCCCUAACAUCUUUACCAACAAGCGUCCUCUGUGGCACCCACCAGGGGCCCGUGGCGUCUUCGGCGGCACCAUGAUCGCUAUGUGCCUUGCUGCAGGGCAAAAGACGGUCCCAGACGACUUUGCGGUGCACUCGUGCCACUGCUACUUCAUCCUGGCUGGGUCGGCCGACAUCCCCGUGCUCUUCCACGUAGAGAAGGUCCGCGACGGCCGAUCCUACGCGACGCGGACCGUGCAGGCCCGCCAGCGGGGGCGGGCCAUCUUCACGACGACCAUGUCCUUUGUCAAGGAGAGCGUGGCACACCCUUCCUCGGCGCCGGUGCCGAACCACGAGUUCAAGGACGGCGUGGUGCGGCACGCAGCGCCCAUGCCAUGCGAUGCGGCGACAGGCCUGCCCGUGGAGCCACCGCCGGAUGAUUUUGAGGACGAGCUGGAGCUGGCAAGCUCGGGGCCAUUCCAGAGCCACCGCGCUGUGGUCGUGAACAACGGCGAUGGCUCGCCGCAGACCAAGAAGCUGCGGCAGUGGUACAGGGCGAGGGGUCGGAUCUCAGAGGCCGGAGGCCGCCAGGCGCAUCUCAACGCGCUGGCGUACGUGUCGGACUCGUACUUCAUCGGGACCAUCUCGCGGAUUCACAAGCUGUGGCGGUACCCGUUCCCGGCGCGGGAGUUCUCCUCGCUGCCGCCGGAUGUGCAGGAACACGUCCGCAAGCUGAACGACUUUGAGGGGUUCGAGACAGGCGGCAGAGGCUCAGGGGCACAGAGCUUCGAGGAGUUUAGGGACUUUUGGAAGGACAGGCCAGAGAUAGGCAUGAUGGUCAGCCUGGACCACUCAAUCUACUUCCACGAGCCUAGGAAGGUGAAGGCGGACGAGUGGAUGCUGAGCGAGAUGGAGAGCCCCUGGGCGGGCGACGGGCGUGGUGUGGUGACACAGAGGAUCUUUUCCAAGGAUGGCACUCUAUUGGCCACAUGCUUCCAAGAGGGUGUUGUGAGAAUCAAGGCACCAGAGGGCACAGAGAAGGCAAAGCUGUGAUAACAUUUAGAAGGACACUGUGGUUAGGCUGUAAUUACUGAUAGACAAGAUGAUACCAAUAUAUUUAUUCAUUAUAUAG